UUGUGAAUUUAAAUAAUAACAAAUAAUAAUUCAUAACAACUCAUAAGAAAGAUGGAGUCGGAUGGUGAGUUAUCUGAAAAUGAAGAAGAAAUGCUCGUAUAUGUAGAAUUUGAGGGGCUUACCGGUAACGAAAUGUUCAAUAAUAAAGAUCUUCAAUUGGAUAUGAUUGGAAUAGAUACUGAACAUCCUAUAAUGGAAAUUAAUGGACGGUUUUAUGAGGGCACUUAUGAAGACGCUGUAGGCACUUAUAUGUUCUUUGAGAAAGAUGACAAUCCAAAGGUGGACGAUGAGGUAUUCGAUAAAGUGCCGACUUUAAAAUAUUCUGCUAAAACGAGAAAGUUACUUAAGAUGCAGAGAGUGUUUACAAAGCCAAGAGUUGAGGUCCUCGGUGAUGCCGAACAUGAAAGUUGUAUUCCGAAUGAAGAAAUGUUAGCACAAGCUGGUGUGCCUCCAAAGUAUCAAGAGGAAGCUAUGCAGUUCUGGAAUAAAGUACGUGAUGAGAAACUAGAAGAAUUAAGCAUAUUCUUGGAAAAACAGAAAAUUAGAGAAGAGAAAAAAUCCAAAGGUAUUGCAUUGGAUUCAGAGUCUGAUGAGGAAAACCUCGUCGUACAAAAAACCAAAGAAAAAUCAGAAGAAACAUGAGAAA